AUGUAUUUAGAUAAGACAAGUAAAAUAUCCGUGACUGAAUUUCGAAAUUUAGUCUUUAGUGAUGAUUUUCUUCAAAAUUUUCGUAGUCCACCAAUUGAUAUUUAUAUGGCCGAAAUGACAUUCAAUGAGGUCGAUACUAAUAAGGAUGGUCUUAUAUCACCACAAGAAGCACGUCAGAGUAUUAUUUUAGCUGGUGAACGCAUACCUGGAGGUAGUUUUGGUCAUAUUAUUCAAAUGUUUGAUGACAAUCACGAUGGACAAAUGUCACUUGAAGAGUUUUUAAAUAAUGUUCAGAAAUUAGUUCAUGAAUAA